CCAACCAAAUGUCUUCAUAAUUUGCAAUUUGUUGUUUUUUUAGAAAACAAUCGCAGACGAACAAGAAAAAGGGAGAAAAACGAAAUCCAAAAAAUUAAAUAAAAAAAAUUAGUAUAAAGGCUAUUUUGAAAUUAAUUAAUACUUGUAGUUGGGAGUGAUUUGAUAUUACGAUAAUUUCCGUUUCAUAUUCGUGUUAGGGAAUUUUGAAAACUUUUAACAAAUGCGUAAAAAGAUUCAAAUUUAUUACAUGUCCAUGUUUUAACUAUAAAAUCAUCUAUUAAUACAUUUUAUUAUUAAACAUAAAAAAGCAACUUGGAAAAAACAAACAGAUUUUGUUUUUUCUUAUAACAAAGAAGUAGCUGAAUAGCUAAAAAAUGACUUCAACUCCGAUUCUUAAUUUAACUGAUUCUUGGAUUGAACUUAGUGGACAGAAUACUCCAGACAAAAUAACACCUCUACCAUUUUCUUCAGGUGACGAAUAUCUAAGAUUGUUGCGGGAAGCUCAAAAAGAAUCAAAUCAGUCAAGUCGCGUAGUAUCCUUAGCUAGUUCUCGACGCGAUACUCCACGCAGUAGCCCAAAAUCACCACCAAAUAGCCCUAAUACAGAGUUGUGUCCAGAUAAUGAACUCAAAAAUGUUUAUAUUAAUUAUUGCUUAAAAAAAGAUAAGGAUGCAGGAAAAGAUUCCGAGAAUUUUAGCUUGGAUUGGAUAUGGAGAUGGAGUAGUCGACCAGAUCAAAAGCGUAUCAAGGAUUGGAAUUUUGAGCAUCCAAAACGCAAAAUCCCACCAGGGUAUUCCAUUCGUUCAGCUAAAAUUGGUAACUCUUCAAUAUUUUCAAGAAAUGUGAUGUAUUCUCUUGUAUUAACAAACGUUUUAUCACUUCUCCUUGGAGCUGGACUUGGCUUGUGGUUAAGUAAAAGAGGACUCCUUUUUACUCGAAUUACUAUCGAAUAAGGCCAACAGUAUAUUAAAAGUAUUUACCAUAUUGCAUAUAUAUUUUACUAUAUUUUUAUUAUAUAUGAUACAAAAUAUAGCACAUUAUUUAAGUAUGUUGACUGAUAACGAGAAGAUAUUUCAUAAAUUUUGAUAUUAUGAUCGGCAGAUAAUUUUUUAUAUCCCUUUUUUAUACAUAAUCACAAAACCGAAUAAAAGAUAUGUUGAAAUUAAGGAAAAAAUAUAAUAAUAAGCUUAUUGUAAGGUUUGAAAUUUUUCUUUUAAAUAAAACUACAAUUGGUUAAUUGUCUAAAAUAAAAUAUUGAUUU